AAACCCUGGAGCGCGCAGCUCGGCGGUUUGGGUUCGGUUUUCAAAUGGGCGGAGUUUCGAACGGGUUUUUUUUUUAUUUUUCUUUUGGCCCGAGUCUCUCUUUCUCUACACGUCUACACACAGCACACACAGCCCGGCUAUGUAUAUACGCUAGUCUUACUACACACUACUACUACUACACUCUAGUAGAGAAUAUAUAGUCAAAGGCUCUGACUGACCGGCCGGGCAUAGAGCGUUAGACUGUCGAGACGAACGCAGUCGGCAAAAGAGAGAACCACACAGAGAACAACAUUUUGUUGAAAUUCAUUUCCCACCCGACCCGAAUCGAAUUUGAUUUUCGUUCCCACCAAAUUGUUUUCCCUUCACGACAAAAGAAAAAGAGGAAAAAACAAACAAAAAACAAAACAAAUUUAAUUGUAAAACAUUUCCCGUUUUUUUUUCCCCAAACGAAUUUCAAUUUUCGAAACAUUUUCGCGCCACCCCAAAACUGUUCAAAAAAAAUUUUGUAAUUUUUGAAAACUCAUUUAAUUUUUUCGGUUGGGGUUUUAAUCGGCUGGGCGAAAAAAUCCGCGCUAACGGAAUAUCUGUUUAAAAAACAAAAAACAAGUGCCGGUUUGAAAAAGAUUUAGUGAGCGCGCUCCUUUUUUUUUGUUGAAAUUAUUAUUUUUGUUUGAAAUUUUCUCAUUCACGACAUUUUGGGUUUAAUUAUUCCGCUCUGAUUUGUCGACUGAAAUUAUUCAAAAAAACGGACCGAAAAAACUGGAAAAGUGAAUUUUUUGUUUUUCGGCUGAGCUUCUUUCUGGUGUUUUCGUGAGUUGUUGUUGUGUUGUUGAGUGGUUCGUGAGUGAGAGUGGAAAAAAAAAAAAUCAAAAUUCAAGAGAAAAAGUGAUUGGUGUGAGCUGGUCGUCUAUAUAGGCGGGCGAUCGGCUGGACGACGAUGUGAUCGUCGGGACGAGGAUGUCACUGACGACGACGGACCAAAGAGUCAGCAGCCUCAGCUCCUCCAGUUCUAUUCCUCGUGUCCAUCACUGUUGCCCGGCUCUGUUGAUUGGUGGUGGUAAUAAUCUCAAUCGAGUCGAGUUCGCCGCCCUAUGGCCGGUCGGUCUGCCGCGCUGUUAUGGCCCGUCUAUUUGUGCUCUGAGCAGCAGCAGCAGCAGCAGCUGCCGUCGCAGUUGUUUCCGUGAUGCCGGCCGACAGCCACCGCAAGCCAAGUGUUGCUGGACAGUGUCCGCGCCCCGCGCCGCGACGACUUGCCGACCAUCCCAGCCGGCCGCUCGAUGAUCGGCCCAUGCCGCCCAUCCUCGACAACCCCAACAGCAACAACAACAACAACAACAACAACAGCAACAGUAUGACGAAUCGGAUGCGAUCGGUGAUUGUGAGCGACACGGGGCCACCGCCGUUGGGGCCGUUGCCGGCCGUCGCCCGCCGACGAUGGACGGGAUUAGCCGCGGUGGCCGUGGUGUUCGAGUGCUGCUGCAGUAGUAGUGAUCGAUUGAGAAAGAGCGUCCAGCUGCCAGUGGUGCUCCUCCUUUUGGUGAUGUUGUCGGCCCUGCCAAACAGUUGCACCUCGGCCGCCUCCAUCCAGCAGCAGCAGCAGCAAUUGCAGCCGGCCAGCACUUUGGCGGUCGGGCGCAGCAGCCGAGCCGGACAACACAAUCGCCACCAUCCGACGACGACGACGACGUCGAGAUCCGUCGUCCCAUCCAAUCGGCUCCUGACGGAAUGCCCGUGGCUGGAAUGGGAGCCCAACAAUAGCGGCCUGUCCGUCUCCGAGUCGAGUGUGCAGCACCACCAGGCGGACAUGGCCGGCACGCGGGCCUACAUGGCCCCCGUAGUGUUUGAAGGCAAGGCCCGUUCCAGGAGCGACGGGCCCGUCUACCGGGUCACCUUCGACGUUGUGACAGUGUACAAAGGUGAAGUGGCCCUGACCGGCUCCCAAGUGCGCUUAGAAUUCAAAAGCGGAACAACAACAACAACAGCAACAACAGCAACAGCGGCGGCUAAUUCGAAAUCGCUGCGAUCGUUGAGUCACAAUUCGGCGACGGGCCGCUCUCGGACCUUAUCGGCCGGUCGCCGGAUCAGUGCUAGUAGUGAUGGUGCUGGCCAAAGUCCAGUUCGUCGCCGCCAGCCGGGCCAGGGCCAGCAGCCGCACCAUCACCGUCACCAGCACCACAACACGCGCGAGUGUCUAGUGACGGCCGAGAUCCGGACGGGUCGGCGCUACCUGGUCUUCGCCGCCCAUUGGGGACCCAAUAAUUUCACGGCCUUUGGCUCGCCGUUGGUCCACACCAAGAAGAGCCUCAAAGAUGUGCGGUCGACGCUCUGCCCGCGCUGUGCACGGUCUCCAGUGGCGUACGGACUGGAGGACUCUGUGACGGUCAAGAAACAGCAGAGGCUCAUCCUGCGCUGCCGGACGAGAGGCAAUCCGGUGCCGGGAGUCGUCUGGUACAAGGACGGCAAGCCGUUGAACGCGGCCAGCAAACGGGUCCGCAUUAAAACCAAAAGGCGUCGAUCGACGCUGAGAAUCCGCUGCGUCAAGGAAGAAGACGCCGGACUGUACGAGUGCCGGCCAAGCAACGUGAUCGGCACCGGUACGGCUUCGCGAUCCAAAGUCACUGUCGUCAAAGUCACUGCCGGCCCGUCGUCAUCCUCCGAUCCGUCCUCGUCGUCGAAACUGAGUAGCAGCCUGAGGCCAUCCAACGGAUCUUCUUCUACGUCGUCGUCGUCGUCGUCGCUGUGGCCGCUGAUCGCCCUGCCGUGCCCGAUCGACUCGUUUUGCCUCAACGGCGGCACUUGCAAAUACUACGAGGCCGUCGGCGAGCUCGUCUGCCAGUGCGCCGAGGGCUACAAGGGCCAGCGCUGCGAAAACAAGGACAUUUACAAUUUAGGAAAGGGCGGCAAGUGCAGAGGCGGCGGAGGCCGGAUGGUGGGAACCAAAUGCGUGCCGACGUACGGCGGAGUGGCUGGAAUCGGAGGUGGAACGUCGGGCUCGCUCCUGGGUCCGACGGCGGCGGCCGGCUGGGCGGCCGUGCCCAAUUCCAACAACCAGCUCACCUGGUGGCACUGGAUCCAGGCGUCGGGCAAUAAAAUGAGCGGCGGCGGCGGCGGCGGCGCUGGUGGCGAGACGGACGACGACCAGAAUUGCGGCGGAGAUGACGACGACGAUUAAAUAAAACAACAACAACAACCACCCCAAAAAAAGAAACAGAAAAAAACAACAACAACUUUUUCUUCUUCCUCCUUCAACUUUGACUUUAUUUUCCACCCCACGUCCGGAUGGGCGGAGAACCUUCUCGACAGCAGCAACGACCGACAGCUGUGAGCUGCUGCUGCCCGCCCGCGCAUCACUUUAGUUUUUCUCUCUCUCUCUCUUCUUAAAUGUUCUUCUUUUUUUAAAGAAAAGCUUCUUCUUCUUCUUGUCCUUUUUCAUCGCUCGGAUCAAUCAACGGUAUUUUCGUCUCGUGUCCAACGAGGAGAGAGAGGCAGGGGAAGAAACGGACGGGAAGAAAAAGGCGCACCGAAAUUUUUGUUUUUUUUUUUUGAAAAAGGAAAAAAAUUGUUUUUUUUUCCCCAAUUUUAUUUCGGUCGUCUGUAGCUCAGAGUGCGGACGCACUCCGGAGGCGGUUUUUUCUUUAAAAAAAAAAUAAUUAAAUUUAAAUUAAAAAAAAUCGAAAAAAAAAAAUUGAAUUCGAAUGGAAAACGAGUAGUCACUUUUUAAAAACUGCGAAGACGACGAGAUGAAAUAAGCGCGGGGAUCCACACAGCAACGUCCAACGAAAAUGAAAAAAACAUGUUAUAAUAUUAUAAUGUGCUUAUAUUUGUACAGCUAUAGUAUACCUGUGUAUACCGUAUUUUACCAAAAUGUUAUUUGGAACCAGUUUCUUUUCCUCCACUCUCCCCUCCCCCCUUACCGAACAAAUUUUCUUGAUUUCUUAUUAAAUGGCGGUGCAUUCAAAAAAUGUCUUUUCUUAAAUGGUACACACACAAAACUAUUUCCCCCAGUAAAAAUGUCCCAAAUAUUUUUUUUUUCUCUUUUUCUGAAAAUUCUCUCAAACCUUCCGAUCGAUUUCGGCCAGUAUUUUGUCUAAAAGAAAAAAAGGGCUUUUGUUUUUUCAAGUAAACAAUAAUCUGUGCAUGUUUGAUGUAACUCCAGCUCGUCCCUUUUUUUCAAAUAAUUUAUAUAAUAAUUGAGCCAAACAGCACAGUUGAUCUAUACUCUUUGAAUUCUAUUCGUCUCUGUUGUUGUAAUGACGUGUGUGUUGCCCAGCUUUUUCUGCCUCUCCUAUAUAACCGCCACAGCAGCUCCUCUCCGAUCAAGUCGAAAUGCGAAUAAGGAUAUAAUAAUUAAAUGUGUAAAGAACAGACCAUCAGACGAAUCAAAAAAAGAAAUUGGAGAUUAAAAAAAAAAAAAAAACAUAAUUUUAGAAAAAAAAGUCAUA